GUGCAGUGUGUCAUAUGAUUGGCUUUUAUUCUCUCGAUUUAGAGAUACAGGAUAUUUUUAAAACCCCGUUAAUACGAAGAAUGUUCAACAUUAUUGAAAUCUGAUAUGGAAGAUCAUGUAGAUUCUUCAUUUUCUUCUGCUCACAAAUGGAGGAACCUCGCUGGUUUCUGGACACUGGGACUGUGUAAUAACUUUGCAUAUGUUAUUAUGCUGAGUGCUGCUCAUGACAUCUUGAAAGACCAAGAAGAAAAGGACCAGAAGGAUGAGAAUAUCACAACUACUCCAACCUCAUCUAAUGCCACAUACUUAGAAUGUAAUGAAAUCUCCACAGGGGCAAUUUUAUUGGCAGACAUCAUUCCGACUCUAGUAAUUAAACUGACAGCACCAUUCUUUAUUUUUCAUAUUAGUUAUAAAGUACGUGUUUUGGCAUGUGUACUAUUUUCCGUAGCCAGCUUCUUGAUAGUGUCAUUCUCCACUGGAAUAUGGAUGAGUAUAUUUGGAGUUGUUUGUGCCAGUAUCAGUGGAGGUCUAGGAGAAACUACUUAUUUUGGAUUCUCUUCUUUCUUUGAAAAAAAUGUGAUCUCGUCCUAUUCAUCAGGAACAGGUGGUGCUGGGAUAUUUGGUGCUCUUUCGUACGCGGGUUUAACGUCAGCUGGUCUGACACCUCGGACAACAUUACUCGUAAUGACUGUCAUACCUGUUCUUAUGUUUAUAAGCUUCUUUUUUGUGAUAAAGAAACCAAAAAAAUUCUGUCAGAAGGAAUACAUAGUAAAAUACAGCGAAGACACCAGUAGCCUGUUAAAGGAAUCUGAUGAUGCAGAUGAUAAGAUAAAAAGAAGACUCACAAUUAGAGAUAAAUUGCAACUUCUUAAACCCUUGAUGAAGUAUAUGAUACCUCUAUGUGUGGUAUAUAUAGCAGAGUACUUCAUUAACCAGGGAUUGUAUGAAUUGCUGUAUUUUAAUGAUAUCUGGCUGUCUGAGAAAGAACAGUACAGAUGGUAUCAAGUGGACUACCAGUUAGGAGUAUUUAUCUCAAGGUCCUCAGUCAAUGUGUUCAAAAUCAACAAGUUGUGGAUACUACCAGUUUUACAGGUUGCCAAUGUUGCAAUACUCACCACGCAGGUCUUUCUGAGAUUCAUUCCUAAUAUCUGGGUCAUAUUUGCCAUUGUUUUGUUUGAGGGCCUCCUGGGAGGAGCUGCCUUCGUCAACACUUUCUACAAAAUUUCAGAAGAUAUUGAGGCAGAAUACAAGGAAUUUAGUCUCUCAGCAGCCACUAUAGCAGACUCUUUUGGAAUCACCCUUGCUGGCACCAUUUCUAUUCCAACUCAUAACCAUAUAUGUUCACUCAAUCUUAAAAUGUGACAAUGGACUUUUUUAUUUGCAUUGUAUCCAUCUAUAAAGUUUUGCUGUUAAAGACAAUUAUCAAAUAAUAUUAAAAAAAUA